AAUAUGCCAAUUUUGUCCCUUGAUAGUUGAUAGUCACUAUUCAGGCGAGAAACUCAAGCUAGAAGUCACGAAACUAAUAAAUGACCCACACAUCCAACAUUUCAAUUUCCCCUUCAAAUCAGAGUAGUUCACACUUCCUUCUUGCUAAAGUGACCCCAAAAUUGUUCAAAAUUCAAAAAAAUUCAAAGAAAUUCAACAAAUUCAAAAAACCCAAACACUCUCACUCCAUUUCAUCAUUCUACCUAGAUCUCAUUUCCGCCAUUAAAGCUCUGAUUCCUGCUCAAAUUCAUCUACAUUCUUCAAAUUCCCAGAAAAAGUUAAACGAAAAUGGGGUCUCAAGGACCCAAAUCCUCGAAAUCCACAAAACCCACAACAACAACACCAGCACAAUCUACAGUACCACCAUCUUCAGCUUCUCUCUCUUCUCACUUAGCAAUGGUGGAAUUGAAGCAAAGAAUCCUCAAUUCAAUCUCCAAGUUAUCAGACAGAGAUACCCACCAGAUCGCCAUUGAAGAGCUUGAAACCCUCAUUCAAACCCUUCAAAACGACGCCGUUCCAAUGCUGUUAAACUGUCUCUUCGAUUCUUCUUCCUCCGACCAAUCAAAACCCUCCGUUAAGAAGGAAUCAAUUCGCCUUCUUGCCGCCGUUUGUGGGUCCCACCCUGAUUCAACUGGGACCCACUUAGUGAAGAUCAUUGCUCACAUUGCUAAGAGGUUGAGGGACCCAGAUUCUGGGGUUAGAGAAGCUUGUAAAGAUGCAAUUGGGAAUUUAUCUGGGAUUUAUAUAAAAGGGGAGAAUUCUGAAAACGGGGUUGUUUCUUUGUUUGUGAGGCCUUUGUUUGAGGCAAUGGGGGAGAAUAAUAAAGGGGUUCAAGUUGGAGCUGCAAUGUGUUUGGGGAGAGUGGUUGAUUGUGCUGUCAAUCCGCAGCUUUCGUCGUUUCAGAAGCUUUGUCCUAGGGUUUGCAAGUACUUGAAUAGUCCUAAUUUCUUUGCGAAGUCUGCUCUCUUGCCUGUUGUUUCUAGCUUGUCUCAGGUAGGGGCUAUAACACCCGCAAACUUAGACCCUUUACUGAAAAGCAUUCAUGAUUGCCUCGCUAGCACAGAUUGGGCUACCCGCAAGGCUGCUGCUGAGGCAUUGAUAGCACUGGCACUGCAUUCAACUGACUUGGUUAAAAAUGGAGCAUCGUCAACCUUGACUGCUUUAGAGGCUUGUCGCUUUGACAAGAUUAAGCCAGUUAGAGAGAGCAUGACAGAAGCGCUACAGCAUUGGAAGAAGCUGUCAGGAAAGGCUGUAGAUGUGGCCUCGGACGAUAGGAAAGUCGCGGGAAAUGAUUUGCCAGAUAAUGAUAAGCAGAAACAUAUGAAAUCUGACCAGCGAAAUGAAGAGUCUUCUCCCCGUGAUUUGUCAAAUAAUGCCACAUCAUCUGAUUCUGUUGGGAAAACAAAGAACGGGAACUAUUCAGAUAAAGCUGUUGGAAUACUGAAGAAAAAGUUGCCUGCAUUCUCUGAUAAAAUUUUGAAUCCAGAAUUCUUUCAAAAGCUUGAAAAAGGAGGUUCAGAUGAUUUGCCAGUAGAAGUUGUUGUUCCACGUAAAUGUCUUAAUCCCUCAAAUGCUAAUGGUGGAGAGGUAGAGAUAAACUCAGGAGAAAACAAGGAUAGCACAGAUAAAAUGCCUGCCAACAUACCGUCUAGACAACGAGAAAAUGAUGGUUAUAUGCGAGUCAAAUGUGUGGAUGAUGUGGUAAGUGGGAAUGAUUUGAGACCUGGAACAUCUGGCCUUGAAGAUAGGGGUCUUAGUUUUUCUAAAGCCGAUGGACAAACUGAUGGAUCUCUCAUGAAUGGUAAGGGAAAUUGGCUGGCUAUUCAGAGGCAGUUGCUGCAGUUAGAAAGACAACAGGCUCAUGUGAUGAAUAUGUUGCAGGAGUUCAUGGGUGGAUCACACGACAGCAUGGUGACUCUGGAGAAUAGAGUACGGGGUCUGGAGAGGGUGGUUGAAGAUAUGGCUCAUGAUUUGUCCAUAUCAUCAAGCAGGCGGGUUGGUAACUUUCGGUCAGGUUAUGAUGGAUCUUCCAAUCGUCCUGGCAGGUAUAAUGGCUACCUUGACUAUGGAGGGAGGCUUCCAUUUGGUGAUCGGUUUACUGCUUCUGAAGGAGUGUCUCCAAGCAUGAGGGUUAGGGCGGGACCUUGGAGAUCUGAACAUCAGGAGCCCUGGGACUUUCAUUCAUAUGGUGCUUCUAAAAAUGGUCAACCUGGUAAUAGAAGAGAUGCUGGCAGCAAUUCUGUUGAUGGCAGAUCUCCAAGAUCCGAGCAUGAGAAUGAGCAGUUUAGUGCUCGUAGAGCUUGGGACAAAGGGACUGGAAAUGUCAGACUUGGUGAAGGUCCCUCAGCAAGGAGUGUUUGGCAGGCUUCAAAGGAUGAGGCUACGCUAGCCGCAAUAAGAGGUGCUGGGGAAGACAGCACAACAGUAAGGCCAACAAGAGUAGCUGUCCGAGAACUGGAGGCAAUGGGCUGUGACAAUAAUGAACCCGAACGUGAUCCUGUUUGGACUUCUUGGAGCAAUGCAAUGGAUGCUGUUCAAGUGGGUGAUAUGGAUACGGCAUAUGCUGAGGUUGUAUCAACAGGGGAUGAUUCUUUGCUUGUGAAGCUCAUGGAUAAAUCUGGUCCUGUGUUUGAUCAACUCUCCAAUGAGGUGGCAGUUGAGGUUAUGAAUGCUAUCAUGCCAUUCGUGGUGGAGCAGAACUUAUAUGAUUUAAGUUUGUCUUGGGUUCAACAGUUGCUGGAUUUGGUUGUUGAAAAUGGACCCGACAUAUUUAAUAUUCCUAUUGAAGUGAAGAGGGACCUUUUGUUUAGUCUGCAUGAUGCUUCUUCUUCUAUAGAGCUCCCUGAGGAAUGGGAAGGAGCAACUCCAGAUCAACUCAUGCUGCAAUUGGCUUCAGCCUGGGACAUUGAUCUCCAACAACCUGGGAGCUAGUAGCUAAAAUAAGUUGGUAAUUUGCAUGUAGUCAAACAUGUGGGUAUUCUACCUGGUCAUUUCCCAAAAUUCUUUUAUGAAGUUUAGUGAUUAGAUGCCAUCAUCCAGCAAAAUUUCACCUUGGCAAAAGAGCUUGAGGUACCCACUAAACCGGAAAGCUUGUAUUUUACUAUCAAGUUUAUCAACCAUUGAUGUGACUGAUUGCAAUUUCCAUAUAGUCAUUAACAUGCACCUAUUGUAUCUUUUCACUUCUUACUCGUAAUUUUUGGUUUUUAAAAUGCAUAUAUUGUGUUGGUUAUUGUAUAACUCCAUGAAUGGUGUUCACAGUUCAAUGAUAUAAGAUAUUAUCGUAAAAAAA